AUGGCCAACAAAGCCAAUUCUGGGUAUGAAGUUGCGGUGCCGAUUGCGUUGGGUGUUCUUUUGUUUUGUGCUGCUCAACUGGGAGGAAUGGAUUGUUCACCGAUAAAUAUAGGUGCUAUAAUGGUGUUGGACACACGUACAGGAAAAAUAGCCAAGACUGCUAUUGAAUUGGCGGUUGAAGACGUAAACCAAAACACCAGCAUUCUGAAGGACACGGUCCUCAAUAUUGAUAUAAGAGACUCCAGACAAGAUGCACUCAUAGGCGCUUCUGCAGCGUUGGAACUUCUAAGAAAAGGAUGUGUGAGCAUAGUCGGCCCACAAACGUCCGCGGUAGCGGAGUUCGUGGCUUAUCUGGGCGUUGCAGCGCACGUUCCAAUUGUGACGUUUGGUGCAACGAAUCCCUCUCUCUCCAUUCAUCGAUAUCCUUACUUCAUUCGUAUGAGGGCCAUCCCCGCCUUAAACGAUGCCUUGCGAGAUGUGGAGGCAAAAAUUGUUUUGAAAGCCGCAGUGCCUCCCCAGGCUAACGUCUCUUCAAUAAGGAGGCUUAUUCGGGAUAAGCUGAUGGGCCUGGAGUCGCGAGUAUUCAUCGUGCACAUGCAUGCUGAUUUAGCUCUAAUCCUGUUUUCCGAGGCGUCUAUAUUAAGAAUGAUAAGUAAUGAGUAUGUAUGGAUCAUUACCGAUGUAAUUGCCAAUCUAAUAGAUUCCUUCAACGCUACUUCUCUCCUCUCCAUGAAUGGUGUGCUGGGGAUUAAAAGAAAACUCAAAGAAACGGACCAGCUAAGGCAGAAUGAAUUUUCUCAAGCAUGGAAGCAGCGGUUUAGAGCCCAGAAUCCUACAAUGCCAAGCCUGGAAUUAAAUUCCCGCGCACUUGUUGCAUAUGAUACAGUAUGGGCGAUUGCUUUCGCAAUCGAUCGUCUUCUGCGUAAGGAAUCGUUUAAUAGUGAUUUCUCCGCGGCCUCUACCAGCAACAAGAUUUUAAAUUUCAAGGUUUUUGAUGGUGGAGAGGAUUUGCUUAAUCAGAUCCUACAGACAAACUUUGUUGGCCUUACUGGUCCUGUUCGAAUAAGUCGUCAAAAGGGAGAAGCUUUGGAGUGCUCAUAUGACAUAAUAAAUGUGGUUGGAAAUAGUUAUAACGUAGUUGGUUCCUGGACAGAAAAGGGCCUGAAUAUAUCUUCGAAACAAGUUGUUCAAUGGGGCGGGGGAUCAACGUCAAAGACACCACGUGGGUGGGUGAAACCUGUGCCAAGCAAGAAACUUAAAAUAGCGGUGCCUUGGGAAAGAGGGUUUACAAAAUUCGUCAGCGUAAAACCAGUUCAUGGCAAAGUAGGUCCACAAAACCAGACUUAUGAGAUUACAGGAUUCUGUAUUGAUGUGUUCAAAUCGGUGCUCAGAAGACUGGAUUAUGAAUUGGCCUAUGAAUUGAUAUCUUAUGGAACUGGCAAUGUCACUGCGGGCUACUAUGAUGACGUCGUCUACCAGGUCUAUCUCCAGAAAUUCGAUGCGGUUGUGGGAGAUAUGACGGUGCUUGCAAAUCGUAGCAAGUAUGUGGAUUUCACACAGCCGUAUACGGAGUCGGGUCUUAUAAUGAUGGUAGCACUUUCAGACACGCUAUCAAGUGACCCCUGGGCCUUCCCGCGUCCCUUUAGCCCAGCCAUGUGGAUAACUACUGUUUCAUUUUUCAUAUUCACGGGAGCUGCUGUUUGGUGUCUAGAGCACAGACUAAAUAGGCAAUUUAGAGGGAAGCCUUGGGAACAAGUCUUGACAUUCAUCUGGUUUUCCUUUUCCACACUCUUCGCAACUCAAAGGGAGAGGAUUGUAAGUGGUCUCGGUAAAGCAGUGGUGAUAAUUUGGCUUUUUGUAGCUUUUGUGUUAGUGUCUAGUUACACCGCCAGCCUCUCGUCGAUGCUUACAGAGAGAGAAGUUGUACCAAAAGUUCAGAGCCUUGAAUCUCUCAUCACCCAAAAUUUGCCAAUCGGGUAUCACCAGGGAUCUUUCAUAGACAAGUUUUUGGUACAACAGCUGGGUGUGAAUAAAAGCGCACUUCGCCCAUAUUCAUCUGCACAAGAGUCCGCCGAUGCACUGAAGAAGGGACCCAAUAACGGAGGGCUGGCUGCCAUAUUUGAACGGGCGCAGACUAUUCCCCAAAACGUAAUUUUGUCAACAGGAUGCAACGACUAUGUGAAACUUGGUCCCAAGUACAAAACGGGAGGCUCCGCAUUUGUGUUCCCAAAGGGGUCUCCGUUGGUUUUAGACAUUUCCAAGGCUAUAUUAAAUCUUUCAGAAAGCAAAGAGAUGCAAGAAAUUCUGAAGAGGUGGUUCAAUUCAAGUGAAAGCAAAUGCAGCGUGGAAUCUGGCGGAGUCGAAUCGAACAAAAUGAGCAUCAAAAACUUUUGGGGCAUAUUUCUUUUAACAGGAUGUGUAUCAUUUCUCACCCUUGUCUACUAUUUGUGUCGCCUGCUUUACCGAUUUGUGCACAGAAAUGAGAAUUCAGUUCAUGUUAAAUCGGUUUCCACCCGAUUGCGAACGUUCGCCAACUAUGCAGACAAGAAGGAGAUCCCAACACUAAAAAGAAAGAGAUCUAAGACCGCCACUUUGUCAUCGGGAACCGGCGCUUCCACUUCCUCUGAAAUUCCUGUUACGUCCGGACAGAUAUGA